CUUCUCUUGCAGCAAUUACAGCCGUCCUCCUCUCCCAAUCUCAUUCGAUUCCCUCUCCGCCGCCGCCGCCGCCGCCGCCGCCAUGUCCCCGUCGCUCCUCCUGCUUCCCUCCUCCACUUCCACUUACAGUAAGAGGGUUCCGCCUCCGCAGUCCCGCUGCUUCGCCUCUCCCUCGCGCGUCUCCUUCCCCCCGCGGGCGCGCCACCGCAUCCGCCUCGUGCGCGCCGCCGAGCAGCCCGACGGUGCCGCCUCCUCUGGCUCUGGAGACGACGCCACGGCCAACCCAACCAACAACGGCCUGCCCAAGAACAGGAGGGAUAUUCUCCUGGAAUAUGUAAAAAAUGUCCAGCCAGAGUUUAUGGAGCUUUUCAUAAAAAGAGCUCCAGCGCAGGUUGUUGAGGCCAUGCGGCAAACGGUGACUAAUAUGAUCGGGACUUUACCACCACAAUUUUUUGCUGUAACUGUCACGACGGUUGCUGAAAAUCUGGCUCAGCUUAUGUACAGUGUCCUAAUGACUGGAUACAUGUUUAGGAACGCACAGUACCGUCUGGAGUUGCAACAGAGUUUGGAGCAGAUUGCUCUUCCUGAACCGAAAGAAGAAGAGGAUUCAGCAGAUUACGCUCCUGGAACCCAGAAAAAGGUGACCGGGGAAGUAAUCCGAUGGAACAAGGCCACUGGGCCUGAGAGAAUCGACGCCGUAAAAUAUAUAGAGUUGCUUGAGGCAGAGAUCGAUGAGCUGAGCCGCCAAGUGGCUAGGAAAUCAUCGCAGGGAAGUAAUGAGCUGUUGGAGUACCUGAAGAGCCUAGAACCUCAGAAUUUGAAGGAACUCACGAGUACUGCUGGGGAAGACGUCGUUUUCGCUAUGAAUGCGUUCAUAAAGCGUCUCCUGGCUGUCUCGGAUCCGGAGAAGAUGAAGACAACGGUUUCAGAAACAAGCGCAAACCAGCUAGCGAACCUGCUGUUUUGGUUGAUGAUGGUCGGGUACAGCAUGCGCAACAUCGAGGUGCGUUUCGACAUGGAGCGGGUGCUGGGGGCUCCCCCGAAGGUUGCCGAGUUACCACCUGGAGAGACCAUCUAAUUAUUCUUUUCUAGUGGUAUUUACUAGUAUUUAUUAGGAGGAGGAGGAGGAGAGGAUUUGCUAUUGCUAUCAUACCACCGGGAUUUUACUGUACUGUAGAUGGAGGAGAGGCUUUGAAAUGUUUUUGGUUGGUGUUAUUGGCCAUUGCUUACCUACUAUAUUGUGUAGUAGUAAGUACAUGAUUGAUGAUACAAAGAUGAACAUGAUACCUCAUAGUUCAUACACUACACCAGACAUAUGAUGAUGCAUGAUCAUCUACCACUUGUCUUGAUUCA